GUCCCGGAGCGGGGGCGGGGCCCCGGGCUGUCAAUCACGGCGCGCGGCCGCCAAUCAGGGCGCAGGCGGUGGGAGUUCGGCCGGUCCGGAUGGAGCGGGGCAGAAAAGCGCGUCCCGCCGGGGCCCGCAGCCCACCCGCGCUCCCGCCCCGGGGCUGCCAGAGGCUGCGAGCCAUGCCCCGCACCCUGCCCCGGGCCCGCACCCGCACCCGGCACCUGCCCCGCACCUUGCUCCGGGCCCGCAGCCGCACCUUGCACCGCGUCCUGCCCCGCACCGGCCGCUCCGUGCCCGUCGCCGCCGCCGCCCCCCGCCGCCCCCCGGCCAUGCCCGCGCUUCGCCUGCUCUGAGCGCGGCCGGGAUGGAGCGGGAGGGCGGCGGCCCGGGGCCCCCCGCGCCCCACGAGCCCAUCAGCUUCGGCAUCGACCAGAUCCUGGGCGGCCCCGAGCCCACGGGGCCGCACCGGGCAGCGGCUGAGCCCGACUACGGGCUCUACGGCAGCGGCUACGGCCCCACCGGUCCGCUCGGCUCCUACAAUCUCAACAUGAGCAUGAACGUGAGCGUGAACGUGACCCCCGCGCCCGCCGCGCCGCCCGCCGGAGUCAUCCGCGUCCCGGCGCGCCGGCCGCCCGCCGCGCCGGGCGCGCCGCCGCCGGGGCCCGCGCUGCCGGGGCUCACCUUCCCCUGGAUGGAGACCACCCGCCGCAUCGCUAAAGACCGGCUCUCAGCUGCGCUGUCGCCCUUCGCGGUGACGCGGCGCAUCGGGCACCCGUACCAGAACCGGACGCCUCCCAAGCGCAAGAAGCCGCGCACGUCCUUCUCCCGCGUGCAGAUCUGCGAGCUGGAGAAGCGCUUCCACCGGCAGAAAUACCUGGCCUCGGCCGAGCGCGCUGCCCUGGCCAAGGCCCUCAAGAUGACGGACGCCCAGGUCAAGACCUGGUUCCAGAACCGCCGCACCAAGUGGAGGCGUCAGACGGCGGAGGAGCGCGAGGCGGAGCGGCAGCAGGCCAACCGGCUGAUGCUGCACCUGCAGCAGGAGGCUUUCCAGAAGAGCCUGGCGCAGCCGCUGCCGCAGGACCCGCUCUGCAUGCACAACUCCUCGCUCUACGCCCUGCAGAACCUCCAGCCCUGGGCCGAGGACAACAAGGUGACGUCGGUCUCCGGGGUGGCCUCUGUGGUGUGAGGGCCCUGGGUGCUGCUGAUGUGCCAGGAGGUGGCACUGGGAGCCUGCUGGGCUCUGAGCCUGGACCGUGGCAGGGAAGGGGCUGCAGCUUCCUGAGAGCCCCGCACUGGCAGCCCCCUCCCUGCCAUGG